AUCCAACUGCCUACCAUCGACGAGCUGACGCAAUAUCUAAUGUUUUCAACCAGUAUUGUAUUAAUAGAAUUCAUGACAGCGACGCGGACGGGCUCACAGUUAGACAAUCGCUCCGCUAUCGCUACAACGCGUUAGUUGCGAUGACAUGACGUUUUGGUUGUUACAAGAGAUACAUAGCUGGAAUAGAAGCUAUCACGACAACUGCGCGUGACAUUGUAUCGGGCGCCGGGCGGCCGGCUCCACGAGCUUACACCGUAGCGAUCGCCGUGUGGCUGCCUAUUACACCGCGCAGUGUGGAUCGAAUAUUUCAUCGCAAUUAAAAUAAUUCAGUGGUUUGAUAUAAAAUGACACGUAAUAGGGAUAAUGAGUCAGCAUUCUAUGUUGUUCAAUUCAUAGAACUGCCUUUUGAAGGAGUUGAUGAUUACGUAUGCGUGCCGCGCGCUUGGAUAAUAAAGUCAUUAGGCAAAGCGACGAAUGACAGGGCUGUUGUUGCUUAUCCUAAUAACGAAGAUCCUUUUGAUACGAGAGAUCGCGCGAAGAGAAAAGAGAGAAUCAAUGAUGAGUGGAGAUUUUAUAUGGCCACUAUCAAAUAUGAGUCAAAUUCUUUCGACGAUGCAGAAGUUUGGAUCGCUACGAGAAAUAAUUAUGGAGCUGUGGUUGAAGAAACAUCAAAAGUAACAGAUACACAACCAGAGCUUUCGAUAAACAAGAAAUUGCGCAGCGUCAGUAAAAACCAUUCGUCAAAAUCCAAUGAUAAUCUUCGGAAACCACUGCCCAGAAUAUUAAUCAAGCGACCAAUAAAGUCAAAAUCGAGGAAAGAAAUCAAUGAAAAACGGUUGAAACUAGAUGAAUCUGCUCAGUCAUCCAGUGCGGUUGUUAAUGACUCCAAAGUAGAGCCUCGAUCUCCAAAAAGAAAACAGCCAGCGGUUAUCAUCCAGGAUAUCCAAUCAAUGGAAAAUUCUCAUGCAGAAAAAUCUGUCGUUUCUCAUGCUGAAGAAAAUACUGAACCAAGGUCUAAAACUCCGCAUACUGAUCAAACCGAACAAGCUUUAAGCUCACCCGUAAAAGACGUUGAUAAACGUAUUGAAGUCACCAAUGUCGAUGACAAAGAUCACUCUCAACGUGUUAAGAAGCCCGAACAUAAUAAUAACAUGAGCCAAGCUAACUCUUCUAGCAACGCAACGGAUGUGACAAUGACAGCAACGCAACCUUCUACUGCAGAUAAACAGAGCACUCAGCCGAAUCAGUAUAAUCAUCAAGAAUGUAUUCCAGACAGAAGUUCACUAUCAAACUUUCUACCACAGAUUGAGAAUGUUCGAUCACUUUCAAAUGUUGACGAUCACAAACUACCUGCUAAUGAAAUUUCAAGUCAGAAAGUGUCUUCCGAUUAUGAGGGAUUAUGCUCACCCAAAAUUAUUGCUCAUCUAUACAGUCACAUGAAUGGGGGUCGACGUUUAGUACCAAUUCAAAGACCGGUUGAAAAGACAAUAGGUCCCACAAAAAUAAAAAGUUUGGCUAUUGCUGCACAGAAUCCAUUGAAUUCAAUCGCCCAAACCAGACCUUUGUCGACAAGCUCAGUAGAAAAACUACCAGUGGUUAUUCAGAAUCAAUCUGAUCUACAAGUUUCAAGAACGCAUACUAGAAAUAGCAGAGACCAAACAGUUCCGCUCAGGAGCAUCGGAAUGAGCUCUCAAGAAAUUCAUGGACCUAGAAUCAAUUUCGAUCCAAAUAAUGUUUUUCAAAGUGUCAAUAAUGCUGCAGCUACUUCACAACAGCCUUCAAGCUUAUCUCAUAAGCCUCCUAGCUAUAUCCAACGAUUAGAUGGACAUCAAAAUUCAGUAGCGCAUGAACAAUAUUAUACGAACUCUUAUCAAAAUCAAUAUCUACCGACCAACCAAGAUAACUUUCAAAAUUCAACACACCUUUCGAACUCGACGUAUCAGACUCCCGAGGUUGCACAACAGAGACCGAUGCAGCCAAACCAUCUAAAUUCACAGCAGCAACCGCAGAGACCUAAACUACGUAUUGACAUCUCUAUCGAGGCUGAAGAUGUGCUUUCUCUUCAAGGGGCCACAAGGAAAACGCCAUCGCCUAUUCUGACAAAUUUUCGGAAUUCAUUACAGCAAGCAGUAACAACUAGUUAUAAUAACUUCCUCUCGAAUAAUCCACAACUUCAAGCAAGAAUAAGUCCACGAUCUACUGGAGAUAACAAUGAAGACUUAAUGACCAGCCCUCAGAAUGUCAUAGCAUCAGAAACAAGGGACAGACAAAAUACAGAAAUUCCUAGUUACUCUAUGUACCAACCAUCCAGAAUACAACAUACAGCACCCCAUGACAACAGAUAUCAAAACCUAUGCAAGCAGCAACAGUUGGUUCACCAUUCUACUCGAACGAAUUCAAAGAGAACACGAGUUCACUUCAUUGAUGACGCUACUAGGUUACCUGUGACUGGAAGUUAUCUAAACGACAUGGACAACGCGUGUCAAAUAAACGAGUGCACGGUAGAUGAAACUCUGUCACCAUAUCAUGCAGUAACUUCAGAUUCUGAUGCUGUUACGGAUCAGGAAGUAAUCUCAGAUCAUGAGAUGUCAUCAGACGAAGCACCUGCUGAAACAGCUAACAAUGCUUACGGAACUGCAAAUGAUCCUUGGCGUAGUUCUGCAGAUAGACCGACAGCUGCCCAAAACUCUACGGCAAGGAGCUACCAGAUGAAUCCCAGAAUUAUUUUAGAGCAGCAAAUGUUGGACAACUUUUCUACCCUCUUUACUCAAAUGGGAUCUAUUUUGCGUCAUACGAAUGAUAUGUACAACACCUUACGAAGUUCCAUCCUCGAUACUGCCAUGACAUACGAAAAGUUAUUGGGUGCUGUCGAAGAAUUUAACUCAGCGGGAAACACAGCUAACAAUGCAUCUCCUUCGAGCAACCCAGUACCAGAUGUUCCACAGCCUUCUGAAGAAAGACACACUACAAUCACAGCGAGCGCCAGUACUAGUAUUCAAAAUCAACAUAGUAAUGAUGUUGCUAACAAAACGCCGAAAAAGAAACCCAGGAAGUUGUUCCGGUUCGUUCUACCACCGGAAUAUGACGCUCAUGAUUCAAGAUGGACAUUGAACUAUCCAGAAUAUCUGCCAGGGCUCGUAGAACUUGUACCUGAAAGUCAAAUUUACGUCAGCUAUGGAAACCUCAAAUAUUGUCAGCAAGUAUCGAAAGAUUGCCCAUCAUUAGCUCGACGAUUAUUAACAGAAGUCUUCAACAGAAAUUCACUGAGUGUUUGUUCAUCAUUGAGUGAGACAGCGAAGGCUUCUAAUAGUGUCGGUUCUAAUAUAAGGCCAGAUUUAGAUGACCAUGCGUGUUCGGUACUGUUGAAUUUUGUUAUAGAGCAUGGACUCCAACGUGAUUGGAAUACUGAUCUUAAACCUAUCCUCGAUAUGAUACACAGUAAGAUGCAAGAGAUUCGCUUCAAAUAUGGUAUAAUGGUUGAAUGUUGAUGACACAAAUUGGGCCUACGAUACUUUAAUGUGCAAGUACUGCCCGGACAAAACCGACGACGUCAAGCACACGUUUUCCGAGUCACGCUGGAUCAGGCAACUUCAAGCGAGACUCUCAACCCUGCAAGUCUAGUGAACGACAUGAUACGAAGAGAAGAACACUGGACUUAAAGCGCAGCUGACGCGCGGCGUUUUUCAAUGAAAACAAUUUCAGAAAGACUGGAAUUAAGUGAGGCUAACGUCGCUUAGACCCAGUCCUUCUUGCACUAUGUGGAAGGGCGUUUCUGGAUAGUGAAAAUUCUACACUACCGAACUUCAUCGUUCGGUGUCUCAAAAAAAUUUUUACCCUCGUCAAAAAAAUAAAAGUAAAGACUUUUUAAGAAUUUUAAGAAUAUUCGUAUAUAAGUAAAGUUAUUCAAUAAUUCUAAAAUAUUGUUAAGGCCUAAAAUAUAGAAAUUAAUGUAAUUAUAUGGCUUCGGAAUCACGGGUUAAACUUAUUAGAGAAAAUAAUGAUAUAGCAUUAUAUAGUUUACUAACGUAUGAUCGUUAAUAGUUGUAAUUUUCAUUGUGUACUAGUGGUCCGCCCCGGCUUCGCCCGUGGUAUCUACAUGUUUAAACUAUCCUAUCUCUCAAGUUGGAUCGAACUGCACAUGGUGUGCGAAUUUUAUUAUA